UAAAUGUAUUUUUAUUUCAGAACUACGUGUACAAUUGUACAUAUAUUGUGUACUGUGUCUGCAGCAUUGAAGAAGAUUGCAAAGAGUUGAAUGUCAGGAGUGUGUAGACCGAACCCUCUUCCCCCGGCGCAGGACGGGAGAAGGAUGGAAUCUGAACAUAUACCCGGAGUAGAGAAGAAAUCUAAACCUGGAAAAGAAUAUUUACUAUAUCAGGAGGGGGGAGGUGCUAAUAGUGUCCUACGUCUCUCUGUUAUUAUCUAUAGACAUGUUAUUCUUACUUUCGAUAUCAUGGUUUUCUUUCUCAAGGCUGUUGGAGAAUAUUUUCGUUUAACGUACAGAUACUUCGUUCCUCGAGCUCUUAGACCUGUCAGGGGGGAGGUAGCUCUAGUCACAGGCGCAGGACAUGGGAUAGGUAGAGAGGUAGCUCUAAAACUUGGAAGGCUCGGAGCUAUUAUUAUUUGUGUUGAUAUAAAUGAGGAAUCCAACAGACAAGCAGCUAAGCAAAUAAAAGCCGAGGGUGGGGUUGCCUGGGAUUUCCAGUGUGACGUCAGCAACAAAGAAGAGGUUGGUGAGCUGGGUAGGAGGGUGAGGGAGGAUGUGGGGGACGUCAAUAUCCUGAUCAACAAUGCAGGAGUGAUGAUCACAAAACAGUUCAUGGAGCAGUCAGAUCUAGAGAUUGAAAAAACUGUCAAUGUAAACCUGAUGGGACAGCUAUGGUGCUUACGUGAGUUCCUGCCUGCUAUGCUCAAGCUCAAUCGAGGCUCAAUCGUCUUCAUGUGCGGUCUUCCAGGGCAUGCCGGAGCUCCAAAUAUGGUUCCAUACUCCGCAUCUAAGUUUGCUAUACGAGGCAUGAUGGAAGCUCUAUACAUUGAGCUGAGACAAUCUUAUCCAGGAAACAAGCUGCAUCUUAUGCUGGUCAGUCCGUUCAUCGUUGAAACGGGUAUGGUAAAGAGUCACAGAAUUAGAUUUCCAAACUUUAUGGGAGUUGUGGAUGUUCCGACUGCCGCGGAUACUAUUUGCAAUUCCCUCCGGCGCCGAGCAGCCAUCGUCUUCAUUCCAGAAAUUUUCUAUUAUGUUUCCAGCUUAGUGAGGAUUCUACCAGCUAAGGUUCAGCUCCUACUUACAGAUUUUUUUGAUACAGGGAUAGAUAGUCAUGAAUAAGAAUACAAUAUUCCCAAAUAUCUAAUGUAUUUAUUGAACAAAAAUAUACACAUUCAUAAAUAAUGUA